UGCAAGUGCCGCAGUUAAGCGCUUGGCCUCAGCUUUUUCACGGCGUCCGAACGCGCGCGUGGGUUAGCUUAGCGUGGAGUGGCACACAAAACACGGAGUGACCUUGUACAAUAGUGAAUGGAUGGUGACACGGCGUGCAUGGGGGGUGAGAAUGGAUGAAUAUAAAUCUCGGCUUGUGGUCACAAGCUACAGUCACACCUCACAGAAGUGUUUGACACACAGCUACUGGUGUCUUGUCCGCUGAGAGAGCCCGUGCUACGACAAGUGUGUUUCCGCACCAAAGUUCUCACCUGACCGUACCAGCAUGUAUCUGCUCAGCAGAAGUAUGUUGCUCGCCGUGUCGUUUUUCUCCGUCCUAGCCGUCUGCCUGGCCCGGGCGGCACCUGUCGCAUCACCCGCCGACGACGGCACGGAGUCCCGCGAGUCGCCGGCGAGGGAGAGAAGGAGCGCCAGCCCGCCGAAGUACCUGCUCUACGUGUACAAGAACUUCGAGAAGAGACUGGAGGAGGACUCGGAACUUCAGGCGGGCCCGAGUGGCCCUCAGCCCGACCAGCCCGGCAUGAAGGGCGCCGAGACGAUCUUUAGAAUUAGGGCCUUCACUCCCGAGCCCGAAACUUCGAAGGUUCACAACGGGCUUCUCAACUUCCGGUUGGCUGACCUGGACCGGAAAGAGAUGCCGACCCACGUUGAACUUGUGCUGACCCGGCGCAGCCGCAGUUCGCCCGAUUACCCACUUCGUGUCGCCGUACACGAGAUCGACAAGGACGGAAAGGUCAAAGAAGAGGCCAUCGAUUCGAAAGUUCUCCGAGCAUCCAAGCUGAAGAAGCGUGGUUAUGACAUCUUCCGAGUAGCCAAAUCGGUCAAGACCUGGAUGGCAAGAGGGUCUGAACGAGAAGUCAGCGACAUUGGCUUCCAAAUUAGAAUCACGACGAGGAGCGGGCACGACCUGGGCGCCCGUGCCCUGCGGGACGUGUACCAGCUGUCCCUCGGCAGUCGCGGCCCGGCGCUCAUGCUGUACUUCGGACUGGACCGGCCCGAGCUGCUCCACCGCCCCAAGCCCAAGGUCAAGGACCGGAAGCAGAGGGAAUCACGGGAAGAAGAAAAGAGACCGGAAGCACAGGCGUCUGGAGCAGAGAUGCACCUGGAAGAAACAUCUACAGGCGCGAACGACUCCAAUGUCCCUACCGGGAAGGACGCCUCCCAGCGGACUAAGCGGGAAGCGCAAGGGAGCGACUGUAGACUGCGUGAAUGGCACGUGAACUUUGCAGACCUAGAGUGGAAUGAUUGGAUCGUUCAUCCUACCGGCUACAAGGCUAACUACUGCGCUGGUUCCUGCCCCACCCCGCUCAUCUCCCAGAGGCUCAACGCCAGUAAUCACGCCUUCCUCAGGAACCUCAUUCGACAGGCCAAACCUUCGAAGCACCAUUUCGUGCCCAAGCCGUGCUGUGCCCCGACCAAGCUGUCCCCGAUCUCCGUGCUGUACCGAGAGAAAACGGGCGCGUACGUCGUGCAGAAGAUGAACAGCAUGCGUGCGGAGGCGUGCGGCUGUUUGUGAACACUACCUGACCACCCCUAUGAGAAAUUGGCACCUUCCAGUACCUUCCGAAAACGUCCUGAGUUGCUUGUAAAGCAAGGACUCUUAUUGUUCAUGGUGAAUACAUACUGAUCUGGAUGACUUAAAAUGAAACAAAAGGCAGGACUAACCUUCUUUUAAAAACAUUUUAUUAAUAUAUAUUCCUUUGAGUAGUCAAUAAGGUUAAACUGAUGCAUGGAAUGCAUAUGUCAAGCUAGUUUCCUGGCAGGGUUUGUGAACACCUCUUGACCACCCUUAUCAGAAAAUGGUACCUUCCAGCCCUUUUCCGACGAAAACGCAAAUAUGCAGAACGAAUUAAGUCCUGAUUUGCUUCUAAAGCAAGGAUUGUUGUUGUUCAUAUUAGACACUGAUUGAUUUGGAUUGAGUGACUUGAAAUGACGAAAAAAGCCGGCAGGACUAACCUUUUUUUUUCAAGAAACAUUUUAUUAAUAUAUAUUCCCUUGUAUAGGCGAUGAUGUUGCAUGAAAUGCACGUGUCAGUGAAGCUACAUGUAGUUAUACGGCAGGGUUAUUUAAAGAUGUGAUGCACUUAUCUCAGGAGGAUAACACCGUGUUAGUUGGUAUAACACUUCUCAGGAGACUUGCAAGACGUUUUGCUGGCAACACAUUUUCAAAGGCCGAUUUGCUUUGUAUUGCGCGAAAUUAUCACUUUAUUAGAUAAUUUCUUUUACAAAAGAAUGAAAAAAGACGUUUGAGCAGCUUGGAAAAAUUCCCACCAUGUAUCUUCGGUAGCACGUCGGCAGAACUCGCGAAACCUGUAAUGUGUAUUGUGCAUAACUUAACACUUCUGCAGAACGCCUCGUUUUUAAAAGGUCGUAUGCAUUCCGCCUAUUGUUUCCAAACUUUGUGAAAAGAUAUCGUCUGCAACGUUGACCAAACAUCCAACGAAAACCGUGAACAAUCUGCCCUCUAUGUUCUGCUACCUCCGAUCACGUCAGUUGACGUGUGAUAUGUUCAUUUUGCUGUCCUAAACAAUACUACAAAUAUAUAUAAGGCUCAAGCUUUGUAUCGGUAGAAAAGUCGCACACCAUGUACAGAAUUUCCUCACACUGAUACACUGAUGACAAUGAAACUACUUUCUGCCAUUCACGUAACGUUACAUCGCCAUGCAUCGUAAAGAGA